AUGGGAGUCUCCAGAAACGCCCCGUUCUUCGGGGCUAAGAAUCUAAGAGGGUGUAAAGCAUUUCCAGCAGAUGUGUGCCGACAGGAGUCUGUGUCCAACCUGCCAGAUUUGCCUCGCGAACCACCAGAGGCCAAACCAGAGUUUGAAGAGCCAGGACCAUAUCAAAAAGAGUCACUGGAAGUUGUGGAACCACAUCCUGAGCCAGAAGAAUUUGGUUCAGAGUCGCCAGUGCCAGGACUUCUUCCAUCACCCUUUGUUCGAGCAAGUUCCCAGGAAGAGGCUGAUGCUCUUGGUGGUUUGCUAAAGGAUUUGAAGCAGCUGCCGCGAAGUCACACUAUCUUUCGGCGCAGUACUUUGUUCGAUCUCCAGGCUGCAGCCGUGGGACAUUCCCAUGGUCCAAGCCUCCAAUGCCUGCAUGAUGUGCUUCAAAUUCUUUGGCCUAAAGUCAACGUUGCUGUAGAGAGGUUCAUGAUGGAGGAAGUUCAGCCCAAGAUCCAACAAUCGCUCCCAGGACCCCUGCGCAGUUUCUGCUUUCGGCGUUUCAAACUUGGACGUGGCGUCCCACAGGUCUUGGGGGUCGAAGUUUCUGAUGCUCCUUGUCGGAGCUUGGUGGAUCGUCAAGGAGUUGAACUUCGUGUCGCCUUCAACCUGGAGUCUGAAGUUGCAAUUGUUUUGUCAUUGCUUGGUUUGAGUGCUGGCUUGAGCUAUCUUUCAAUGAAAGGUGCAGUUAUUCGAUUGGACCCCUUGCUCAAUGAACUGCCAGUGGUGGGAGGCAUCGUCGUGUAUUUCGUGGAUGCGCCCUCGAUUGACUUCCGCUUGGGCUGCGGUCCCAUGCAGGUGUCAAACUGGGCAUUUGUAAGGAAACUGCUGCAAGAUUUGCUGUCUUCAGCGACCACUGCUCUCUUAUUGCCAAAUGUGAUCAACAUCCCCCUUGUUGAUGAUGAAGACGUGGUGGACACUGCAACCCUCCGCGAUGCUAAACCACUUGGAAUCUUGAGAGUUGCUGUGUCUUGGCAGCGCUAG